UUCUCAAAUUGUGUUAAAGCAAUUGCCAAGAGACAGUUUCGAUGCAAUCGAAGUUAAUAACAACGAGUCUAACAAUAUGUGAUGGAGUUCUAGUGAAUUCGCAGCCGACAAACCAAGGAUACAAUUUGCUAGGUGUUACAUCAUGGCCGGUUUUCCAAGUAACAGUACAGUACAAUGAACACAACAUUACAUUUGAAAAUCAACAAUACCCGCCGGCAUCAUAUAGAGCAGGCGUCCCCUAUAACAAAGCAAAACCACUUCAAAUGACGUUCACGUUUGGUGACAAAACUUUAGUUCUAGAAGCAAUAAUUUGGUGCGACACUCAUCAUUCUGGCAAUUAUUGUCAACAUACAUGUAGCGCAAGAGGAAAUAAAAUAUGUGACGAGAAUGGACACUUGGUUUGCAAGACAGGGUACCAUGGAAAUAACUGCAUAGACAUAAAUGAAUGUCAGGGUUCAAAUCCUUGCACGAAUGGCGGGACAUGUCAUAAUACCCCAGGAUCAUUCACUUGUCAAUGUCUCAAAAGCUGGACUGGACGUUUAUGUGACGUUGAUGUUGAUGAAUGUUCUUUACAACUUUGUACAAAUGCAACAACUUGUACAAAUUCCCCUGGGUCAUUUCACUGCCAAUGUGAAAAUGGAUUUCGUGGACGUUAUUGCACAGAUACUGACGAAUGUAAACUCCCAAUAAAGCUUUGUCAACACAACGGCACAUGUUUGAACACAUAUGGUUCCUAUUCAUGCAUAUGCUCUGUAGAUUAUUUUGGAAACAGAUGUGAACAAUGUCAAUCAUGUGGUCCUCACAGUGUAAAUUGCACAAAUAAGAACGGUAAUUUAACUUGUAAGUGCAAAGAAGGUUGGAAUGGUAAAACUUGUCAAAACGAUAUAGAUGAAUGUCAUACCAAGUCUUGUCAUAAUGGGACAUGCAAUAAUAACCCCGGUACUUACAGCUGCAGUUGUUAUUCAGGGUACACGGGCAGACACUGUGAAAAUGAUUUGGACGAAUGUUUAUCGGUGAGGUGUGCUAACAAUGGUACGUGUGUCAACUUACCUUACCCACAGAGGUAUAGAUGUGAUUGUGCGCCAGGAUGGGAUCCUAAAAGCCGUUGUCAUCAUCAUUUAGAUGAAUGUAAACCAAACCCCUGUAUUCAUGGAAAUUGUACAAAUAAAAAUGGAAACUACCUUUGUACCUGUAAAACUGGAUGGACUGGUAGGAAGUGUGAUGUCUUUGACAGAUGUAAAGAAAAUCCAUGCUUAAACAAUGGAACAUGUUCCAAUGAACCUGUUAAUAACUUGUGCAAAUGUGCUAAUGGUUGGACGGGGGACAAUUGCUCUGUUGAUAUAGAUGAGUGUAAUACUAGUAAUCCUUGCAAGAACAAUGGUCGAUGCACUAAUAUUAAUGGCGGGUAUAUGUGUGUAUGUGGAGCCGGGUGGACGGGCCAAAACUGUACAGCAGAUGUUAAUGAAUGCAGAAAGUAUAAUCCCUGUAAACACAAUGGUAGUUCUCUGGAUAUCAAUGAAUGUGAAGUAACUGUACCAUGUCAAAAUAAUGGGACAUGUAAAAAUACAAAUGGGGGUUACUCAUGUACAUGUCCAUUUAGCUGGAAAGGAGAUAAUUGUGAGAUUAGCAUAAUAGAUUGCAAUAAUCUACCAUGUCAGAACAAUGGAAGCUGUUCAUACACAAAUGACGGAUACACAUGUAAGUGUUCCAAAGGCUGGACCGGCAGAAAUUGCGAAUCUGGCUUAUCAUCAAAUUUUAAACUAGAGGAUGCGAUAAAGCCAGAAUGCACGGAUUUUGGAUGGAAUAUUUCUGUUGAUAUGUCAGAACUAAAACAAUUAUAUCCUGGUAUCACGAUCAACAAUAUUUUCUUCGGUGACAACUCCUGUAAGGGGAAAUUGGUAGAGAGUAUUGUGUUAUUUUCGCAAGGAUUUCAGGACUGUCUAACAGCGGAAAGGAUAUCAGGCGAUACGAUAAUAUAUGAAAAUGAGUUGUUUUAUGCAAUCUACGAUCCUAUUCGUCCAUUUAUUAUUAGACAACACAAAUUCACAUUUGGAGUUGAAUGUGACGUCAGUCGUAAUGAAGCGACGUCAUCACACGUACAUCAUAAUGUUGAAAUGCACCAUUCGGCUGUUCUUCAGCAUUAUAGUAUAAACAUGGCAUUUUAUAAAGACCAAGGUUAUAUAGAUAAACUGCCAGGAAAUCCAAUACAAACGAAUGUUGGGGAUGAUAUAUAUGUCAAAGUGUUUACUACGGCUACUGACUGGAAUAUAAAAAUGAGGUUACAUACAUGUUAUACGAGCCCCAAUCAACCGACGAAGAAAUUAAUUUACUACAUUAUCAAGGAUGGUUGUGAAGUAGAUAGUAAUACUCAUAUCAUAUCGCAGUCAACACAUGAGACAAGAUUUGUGUUUCAAGAUUUUGAGUACUCCACCGAUAGAGAGGGUCUAAAUAUCAACUGUAACGCUACAUUUUGUGAAAGUAAAGAUUUUUCUCCUGGAUGUUCUCAGUCAUGUCAGCCAGACAAUACGCAGGCACUCAUUGGGAAAUAAAUCAAGCUAUUCAUCCGUGAAACAAGCAUUUGAUAAUUAAUUUGCUAUUAAUUUUAUAAUAGAUUCCUUAAAAACAAAACUUUUCGUCAUAACUUUGUUGAAAAGGUAAACAACUUCAUUUUACAUAUAAUUCAGUGGAAAGUUUGCAAAGAAGUGUGUCGUGACUGUAAGUAAACUAAUUUAAACAUAACAAAACAUUUAUUUAUAACAUUUUAAGUAUGAUUGUAUUUAAUAAUACCAAAAUUUUGAUAAUAUUUAAAACAAUGACAAAUUUAUAAAUACCAAAUUAUAGAAGAAAAUGUUUGAAUGAUAGGCAGUGACAUAUUACCUUUCAGCAAUCUAGAUAAUUGUUAUUACAUGAAAUUGCAUACAGCACACAACAUGAUAUUAUUCAAAUUUAUCUCGACGGACAAGACAUUUUGUAAGUUUUAAUAAACGAUUUAAAUGAAAAUAAAUGUGUUUUAAAUUACUCCUUUGAAUAAAAUAGUACAUGAAAGGUAAAAUGGCAUAAAACUGAAUAAAUGCUUGUACUAGCUAUAUUCAAUAUUACUUUCUAAUGUUUUAAGACAUCAAAGAAGAUAUAGAAUGAAGAGUUAAGCAUUAAAUGCAGCACGUUUACUCAUAUUUGGGUAUUUUAUGGUGGCUGAUUUGGUACACUUGUGCGUCGUAUUGUCGCUAGCGACAGCACGACAAAGCGCCCAACGGCACAUUGUCAGACAUUCAUCUUGUCGUCCGUUAACGAUGCACGCCAAACGGCGCGUUGUCAUACGGAGCGUUGUCGCGAUGUCACAUUGUUGCUUGGCUCAAAUCGAAGGAUUUGCUAUUUGUAUAUAUAAAAGCCAAACGACAGGGCGACAUCGCCACACAACGUGCCGCACGACAAAGUGCCGUUUGGCGCAUUUCAGUAGCAACAAGAAGAAAAGGCGAUAACGAUAUAGGUGUGUUGUCGGUAUCGACAACGCAACGCGCAGUGUACCAAAUCAGCCACCAUCGUAUUUCCAUAGUAUUACUCUGUGAAUAGUAUUAUAGAUUCUACUACUUUCAUUAACAUUGGUACUAGUUAUAUAUAAAUCU